AUGAGAUCUAGGACCAUAAAUGUUGCCCGUUCCAUGCUGUUCUCAACGUUUGGCAAGAUUGAUGGUUACGACAUUGGCAAGCAUCCGCUUAUUGUUAAGCUGAUGAGUGAAGCCUAUAAAAAGAAACCGCCAGUCCCAAAAUAUUCAGGUUUUUGGGAUUGGCUUAUCUUUUCCGGACCUGUCAAAGAAGCUGGUCAUUCUGCUGGCGCUAUCGUCUUUGCGCAGAAUGUUUUGGUUGUGUUAAAAUCUGUUGGGGCCAUGCAAAACAAAGAAAUAAAAAACAAUGAUGGCACUAUAAGAGACGCUGCCUAUCUGGAGGCCCAACUUGUCGAUCCUAGUUUGCAACAGAGUCAGAUUCCGAUCACUUUCUGGGGUCCUGCUACCGCCGAUGUCCGUCGCCAUCCGGCUGGGUCUGCCAUCAAACUGAAAGGCUUUGUUGUUAUAAGUCGGGAAGGACGUCUCAGUUUGAAAGCGACUGGAGUAACGGAUGUCGAGGUUGUACCUAUAAUAGAAUUGGAAUUGAAAAUGCACGAGGCUUCUCUGGACGACUCCAAUGUAGAAAUGCGUAGUGCUAAACUUCAUGUGGCUAUCCCAAAAUUCAAGCUGGAUGCUGAUAUUAAACUGAAAGAUAUUUUAAUCAAAAUGGGAAUAGCUGAUUUGUUUGACGCAAACGCUGCUGACUUUUCUGGAAUAUCGGGAGAGAAAGGCCUUUUUGUGUCCAGUAUAUUCCACAAAUCAUUUAUCGACGUCAACGAAGAAGGAAGUGAGGCUGCUGCUGCAACAGGCUUAGGGUAUUCUUCGUUUGGAAUUCCUCCGGAUCCGCCUGCACCAUUUAUUGCUGAUCAUCCUUUUUACUAUUUCAUCCGGGACAAUGUAACAAAAUUGAUCCUCUUUUCCGGUCGUUUGGCUCAACCCCCCGCAUCUAGCUAAAUCUGUUGGAGUAUUUCAGUUAUAUGGCAGUUAGCGCCACGCCCUACAUGCUUUGAUGUAUGAAUAUAUUAUUACUUUACUAGCUUAUAAAGUUAAAAAAGCCGCACAAGUAUAAGCUGCUGUCUUCAUUAACAUGGAGGUAACUAAGGUUUGUGAUUUCUAAAUGCCCUGUGUUAUCCCCCCCCCUUUCAAAUUCAUUUUUAGUCUUAUGAAAUCUAUAUAAUACACUCUGAAGUUCAAUGUAAA